UGUAUUCGUGUCGUGGCUGAGCCUGAAGCGCCCCGUGGGGCUGGGGAGCCGGGGGGGGGGCGGCGAUAAAACCCGAAAUCUGUCUGUGUGGCGGCUGGCGGAGCCGCCGUGCAGCGGGGACCGUCUCCUCAGAGCGACUGUCCCCUCAGGAAGCCUGCAGGAUUUUGGAUUACUGAGGAAAAAUCGCAUCUUGGAUCACAGCUUUAAUUCUGCGCUGGAUACAUGCUGAAACAUUCCUCGUUCACUACAAGCCGUGAACAAUAUGCCUAUUGUAAAAUACCCCAGGGCUACAGAGCCUCUCUGGCAUGAAUGGGACAGGAAAGCACAGAAAUGUGGAUUAAGACACACAGUCUAUGCAGUAAAUGGGGAUCAGUAUACCGGGGAAUGGCUGGACAACUUGAAACAUGGUAAAGGCAUGCAGGUAUGGAAACACACUGGAGCUAUUUAUAGCGGUGACUGGAAGUUUGGGAAUCGGGAUGGUUAUGGCUCAUACAGCAUUCCUGACUCUGUGACCAAGGAAUACAAGAAGGUGUACGUAGGCUGGUGGAAAAACAACCAAAAAUGCGGCUAUGGGCUGAUGUUCUAUCCCAGCGGGGAGCGCUAUGAGGGCGAGUGGAGCAGAGGGCUGCGGAGCGGCUGGGGACGGAUGUACUACCAGGACGGCUCCAUCUACGAGGGGCAGUGGCUGGAGGACCAGCCCGGUGGGCAGGGGAUGCUGCGGCUUCCAAAUGAAAAUCGGUAUGAAGGAGGUUGGAAAGAUGGAAAGAAGCAUGGGCCAGGGAAAUUCUUCUACUUGGAUAAGGGACAGUUGCUUGAAGGUAUCUGGGCAGCAGAUAUACCAAAAUGUGGAAUUCUGAUUGACUUUGGCAGAGAUGAAGCUCCUGCCCCUACUCAGUAUCCAAUCCCAAAGAUUGAACUAGCUGAUCCAGAUGGUGUUUUAGCAGAGGCCCAGGCGAUGUUUGAUGACAGCCAAAAUUAAUAACCGGAUGCUGAGACAAAAAAAAAGAUGUGCGAUAAGAACAUGAUCCUGGGUUACUUAUUGAGUCUCAAAUCCACACUGUGGUGUAUCGUGUUGUGGUCUGCCUCGCUUUUCCCUCAAGGCUGCUCCUAUAUGCUCCACUCUGCAGGUGGCUUUGCACAGAGGUCUCCUCCCACCCCCCAUUAUUUUGGAAAAGAAAUGAAACAAAGAAGGAAAAAAAAAAAAAAAAAAAAAAAAGAGAGAAAACCCACAAGCAGCAAAACACUGGAAGACAAGCAGAGUGACUCUACCCCACUCCUCUGACUUAUUCCUCCUGUAAAGCAAUCGUGCUCCUGUUGGUUUCAAGGCCUUUCACACUGCCUUAGAGAAGCAGCAGGGUUUCUAUUAUGUGCUUCAAAAGCAAAGCUCUAGAAAAGUACAGUCAAAUCACUGUCCCCUCCCACCCCACUCCUCAAACUCAGCCUGAUACACACCUGUGACCCAAGAUGGCUUUGAAGUUAUAACUGAUCACGUUUCACUAUUUUUAUUAAUGCAACUUGACUUUCUCUCUCUGUACAUUUUCCGCAAUGUGAUGCCAAUUCUCCUCCCUGACCAGGGAACGCAGAGCCCACCUUGGCCAGCCCGUGCCCCGGCACUGUGCCGGCUGCUCCGCUCCCGCCUGACACAAGGACGCCGCCACAGCCACGCAGAGCUGCGACACUCCCAUCUGCAGGGUGCUGCUGAGCAUCGCCCACAAGACCCAAGGAAGGCGGCACCGCAGCCGGCUGGUGAAAAACAAACUGUGGGGCAGCGAGUCAUUAGUUCACCUGAUUAAUAUCGUGCCUCCAAGUGUCACCUCUUGCCCACCCCUUGACUCUUCACGUUUUCUAGGCUGAAAGACAACCCACUGUUGUAUUUCAGCACUCAGAGAAUAACAAUACAACAUGCUUAAUCCCAAGAUUUAAGCAGUGCUGACAGGAGGAAAAGCAUAUCAGCUACGUUAUAUUCUUUAUAACUGUCUGUGUGAACGGAAAAUUUUGUCUUCAUAUUAUGACUGAGUAACUGAACACAUUCAAGAGAUCCUCAGAAAUACACAGGAUUAGCACAACAUAGCUGAAGAGAUAAGGGAUAUAGAGAAAAUAAGCCUGUUUUAGGCCUCCAGGUAACAAAUAAUCAGCAACAAAUGAGUAUCUUUUAUUUCAUUAAAGUAUUUUAUAUCUAAAUAAGUGAUAUACAAUAACAAAUGCUUAAAAUGCUUGAGGUAAAUGCGUAAAUACUAUUAGUAUAAAUAAGGGAUAAAAAAAAAAUUCUAAGUGAGCUCUUAUUGUUUAGAUCCAUGUGUUUGGGUCUGGUUAUUGCCCCUGGCACACAGUUAGGAAACUGAGCCCAAGGUAUAACCGUCAUGACCAUUUCCACAAGUGGAAAAUGAGAGAAACAUACUCAAUAUCACGGCUUAAAGUGCAGAAAAUAGUCAAAAAAGCAGCUGUAAAACAGAGCCAUUAACUCAGAACCUACCAGCUUGAGAAAGUUAAAAAUAAGAUUGUCCCACUAGCUUCUAAUUCUGUAUUUCUUAAGCAAAACAAAAAACCCCACACUUCUCUGUCACUUUGUAAAAGAUUCACAGAAUAAAGAGAAAUUCAGCUACUUCUCGAGGACAGAAAGUAAUUUUAAAAAAUAAACUUGGAAAAUAUAUUUUCUGGACUUCCAUUCAAAAGAAUGUAACUUUAAAAUACACAAUUUACGAACAGAGUAAUUUUUAAGCCUGACAGCACCCUUUCAACCAUUUGCUCUAGCAUGAAUAUUAAGUCAGGUUUUCUUCCUUUACUGAGGGUUUUUAAGAGUCUUUUUUCCCAAGACGGGACUAGUAUUCCCGUAAAGGAUGGGAAAAUACAUUUUGUGCCUACUACCAAGAUUACGUGUUUUGGAAUGCUGCUUCAUUAAUGCCUUUACCAACACAAUCCUUCCAGUGCUCCGUGACUGACCACCUGUGGGACUGGACUGAUAAUUCUCACCAUCAGCAGAUUUACAUCAGUAAUAGAAUAUAUUUGAAGCAUAAUGUAACGGCAGAGAUAGGAAAAAUCCAGUUUGGCCUCUCUGUGCCAGAAGGACUUCUGAAAACAGCAAGUACAAAGCUGUUUUCUGCUUGGGAAUCAAGAAUGCUGCUGAAAAAAAUAAGCCCAGCAGUUUUUUUAUAGUUAUUUUUCAGAAUACAAACACACCACGGGUGACCCCAUCAGCACUUUCCACCGCGGUGGUGCAGACGUGAGAAGUCAGUCUCAUUUGCUUGACGAGGCUGCUUCAGCAGUAAACACUUUGCCACCCUAACUCUGUAGACACAUCCUACCAUUCGUCAAUAUGUUGGGAUAACCUGAGAUGGCGGCUGGGUGUGAGAGACCAUGUUCAGCCCAGGCUCAGUUAAGUACAGCUCCACCGUCAAGUUCACUGUUGUCUAAUUUUAAAAUCACAGGUUUCUAUUCCAGUGUUUGCUGUGGUAGGGAGGUCAAGUUUUGUUCCAUUAAACUUGAUAUCUGUUUCAGUCUGUGUUAAAAAAACCCAGCUUUUACCCAUUAAAGCCCAAAGCUGCUCCACAGAAGAACUGCAUUCCAAAAAAUUCCACUUCCAGACACAACUAGAAUUACUGAAGCAGCCCAGGACUACUGCUGCAAUCCUUCUUGGACAAACCUCUUAUUUAAGAGACCAAAUGGAAGUUUUUGCUUAAAGAGGAAAUAAAAAAAACCUGGCACAGUAGCCUUGCUGUCACAGAUGUGUGUCUGAAAGUAAGCAGCAAUAUUAAUUACAAAUAACCUACUUUCAUAAAUAAAUCUAUAUAGAGAAAAGUAGUCUUCUAGAUCCUUUGGAAGCAAAAAAUAUACAACAAGUUAUUAAAUACAACACUUCAGCAAGGAGAAGACUUUUUCUAAACAAGGAAGACCAAGGCAUAGCUAAUUACUUGGGAAUCCAACGCAGAAAAAGCACCUUUUGCUGCUUAUAUCUGAGGAUUUAUUAAAAAUACAUUUUUUUAUAUAAAAGUACAAAAUAAUUACUACUUUGGAAAAAAACACAGCAGUGGUUCUGAUUUUCAAGCAAAAUAAUUAUCCAGUGAUAAUUUUCAUCUAGUUCCUUCUUUUCAAAAAAAGAUUCCUAAAUGGGAAACAGGCAAAUCUAUCUCUCCAGAUAAUAUGUGCCAGCUUGUGAGAACUUUAAAACAGUUAUUGCUUUUAUUUUCUUCCAUAGAAGAAUAGAGUAGAAUCUCAUUCCUACUCAUGUGGCCAUACCACAUCGCAGUAAGACUAGUCAUGGGUGUUUAGCAAGUUAUAAAAUGUGUAACUGCCACGGGGAAAAGGCGCUGGAGAAAUCAGUGAAGUAAUAAUUACUUGGCAGCAAAACAUAUUGGGGAAAGUGGUGGGAAAGCUUUCACUUCUACCAUCUGUCAGGCUUUCUAGAGAGAACAGCGCUAGCACUGAAACCAAGUGCUAAUUGCUGCAUAUCCCAAGUAAUUUGUAUCAUGCCAUGCAAUAUGGAUCAGACAAGCAGUAUCUUCUAGUAAAUGCCAACAUCAGAUAAAGAGAGGGAAAAAAGGCUUCUCUACCCAUCCCUAACAAAUACCCAAAUUUACAGUGUUAUUUUCCCUGUAUUUAUACAGUCACCAUUCAGCAUCAACAAGAAGCAGUCUAGACAGCGCUCACAAGAGGAGGGAUGCACGUGCUGUGCAAGAACACCCCACCAUCCAUUCCUUCAAAUGUCAGAUAGCCAACAUUUAAUGGAAGGAACCUUUUUUUUUUUUCUCUCUAAAAGGUUA